AUGAGUUGGGGCAAACGUCACAAUACUGCCAAGUGCUCUCGUACUCACCGCAACAUUAUAGGAGACGCGCUAAACAAAUACAUUGACUGGCUACUCAAUAUUCGAGACGACGCGCUCCUAUAUGCUUCACCACGGGGUGUUGCAUGCGCGGCGAGUUAUAUUGACCUGCCUCCUCCUCAUGGACUGUCAGAAGAAGAGAAUCAGCUAUCCGAGUCCUUUGACGAAUGGGAGUGGUCUUGGGGGAGUCCGUGGCUGAAGGACCUCCGACUCGUGCGGCAGUGGCAAGACGAGCAGACAUAUACCCUUCACAACACGUGGUUUGCGAAUGUUGACCACGACCACGACACGCAAUACGCCUGUCCGCAUGGGACCGACUUAGCAACCGCUCUGGACACAGCCCUGGAGGCCGCGCUGCGCAGGACUACGGGCGUGGAUAGCAACACCUUCCCCGCCACGCUGGAAGCUCUUUUGGACCAUCUCAGAAAAGGAUGCUGCGUGCUGCAUGAAGACGGUACGAAAUCGGAAACAAUACACGACAGCCCGGGGGGAGCAUUCUUGGCCACCAGACACUUGGUCAACGAGUGGCACAUGGAGCAGCUGCAGAAAGAAAUAAUACGGCACGGAAAGUGGCAGUCGCGAACGCGAGAACAGGCCAAGGGCCGCAAAGCCCAAAUGCCGAAUCAAGAACGAUGGAGCAAUGAAUCUCGGAAAGGCGGCAUAGAGAACCUCAUGAAGAGUCGUGGAUUGGGCAGCCCCCUCAGAGAGGUGUGCGACUCGGAUUAUCAGCAAAUUCCUGUUGACUCAUAG